GACAUUAAGUGUUCGUGGUCCACGAGGAAAGAAGCGGUCAAGAUGCAACGCGUUGUGAGCUCCGUGCGCCGAUUCGCCAGCCACGCGGCGCCGCACCACCAGGCGGAGAGCGCCAUGAUCACCAACAACGGUACCCACGUCUUCGUGCGCAAGGGCUACGAGCGCUCGACGUGGGCGGGCAUCCUCGGCGGCCCGAUCUUGCUCUGGAUCGGCUUGAGCAACGCGCCGGACACGGACUUUGAGGACUGGGGCCGCCGCGAGGCCAUCAAGCGCCUGAAGGCCGAAGACAAGGUGCUCGUUGCCCGGCAAAACACGAUCGGCGGGCCCUUUGUGUACGUCAAGAAUGAGAUUGGUGAGCGCCCGGCGUUGGAGGAAUAGAGCAGCACUGGCGCGUCGACGCUACGCUACACCGUGAAUAUAGGUGGGUUCUGUUGCCUUCAUGUUCAACUUCUGCGCAAUCACAUAACGUCGAGUUGACAUGCUAUCCG